CGGAAGUGCGGCAGCUGUAGCUGUUAGCUUGGUGCUAACAGUUGAGAACAUGUCCGCUCCUCUCAGGACGUUGAACUGCCGUCUCAGGCCUUUCUGUCCGGUGCUCCCGGAGAGGAGACUGAGGAGGAGACCGGGCAGCAUGCGCUGGAAGUCGGACACAAACACGGAAAGUCUGGGACCACUAGAGGGCAUCAGAGUCCUGGACCUGACCAGGGUUCUGGCCGGCCCGUUUGCCACCAUGAUCCUGGGAGACCUCGGGGCCGAGGUGAUCAAGGUGGAGAGGCCAGGUGGAGGUGACGACACCAGAACCUGGGGUCCUCCGUUUGUCGGGUCAGAGAGCGUUUACUUCCUGAGCAUCAACCGGAACAAGAAGAGCGUCGCUGUGGACCUGAAGCAUCCGAGAGGAGCACACGUCAUCCAGGAGCUGUCAGCUGUGUGUGACGUGUUGGUGGAGAACUUCCUGCCGGGGAAACUGGCUCUGAUGGGUUUAGGGUUCGAUCAGCUGAUCAGACUGAAUCCUCGGCUCGUCUACUGCUCCAUAUCAGGUUAUGGACAGACCGGUCCUCUGUCUCACAGUCCAGGGUACGACUCCAUCGUCUCGGCCGUGUCAGGGAUGAUGCACAUCACCGGCCCGGAGGACGGAGAGCCGGUGCGUCCAGGUGUCGCCAUGACGGACCUGGCAACAGGUCUGUAUGCACAUGGAGCCAUCAUGGCUGCUCUGCUGCAGAGACACAGGACAGGAAGAGGAGCUCACAUCGACUGCAACCUCCUGUCAUCACAGGUGUCCUGUCUCAGCCACGUAGCAGCUAACUACCUGAACGCAGGGACGGUGGCGCGGCGCUGGGGGACGGCCCACGAGAGCAUCGUACCGUACCAGGGCUUCAGGACCAGAGACGGGCACAUCGUCGUAGCUGCAGGGAACCACAAACAGUUCGUCCAGAUGUGUCAGGUUCUGGACCUGAAGGAGGUCUCAGAGGAGCCCAAAUACAGAACCAACAAGCUGAGAGUCCAGAACCGGAAAGAGCUGCUGGACAUCCUGUCUCAGAGGUUCCUGCAGGAGAACACAUCUGAUUGGCUGCAGAGGUUCCGGGGCUCAGGUGUUCCUGUCGGACCAAUCAACAGCAUCCAGGAAGUGUUCUCCGAGCCGCAG